AAUUUCACAACAGUUGGGCCAACAACUGCUGCUAGAGAACAAACCACCUAUGGGACAACUGUGGAAACGGAAACAACUCAAGUUAAUUUCACAACAGUUGGGCCAACAACUGAUUCAGGAACAAAAACUGAUAAUGCAACAACAGGAGAAACUGAGACAACUCAAGUUAAUGGCCCAACGGUCGGGCCAACAACUGCUGUGGGAACUCAGACCACUUCUGGAACAACCGUAGAUACUGAGACAACUCAACUUAAUUUCACAACAGUAGGGCUAACAACUGCUUCAGUUACACAGACAGAUAAUGCAAAAACUGCAGAAGCCGAGACAACACAAAUUAGUUUCUCAACAGUCGGGCCGACAACUGCUCCAGGAACACAGACAGAUAAUGUAACAACAGUGGAAACGAAGACAACAGUAGACAGUUUAAUCACAGCAAGAAUUACAACUUCUUUAGGAACACAGACAGAUCCUACAACAACUGCAGAAGCUACAGCAGGAUUAACGACUGCUGCUGGAACACAAACGGCUGAUGCAACAACGUCAAAAGCUGGUACAACUACCAUUGAAGCAACAACAGCGGUGCCGACAACUGCAGUUGGCACGCAGGCAACUGAUGCAACAGCAACACCACCAGUAGGAGCGAAAACAACCCAAGUUGAUGCUACCGCAACAGGAUCGGUAACUAAUGCAAGAACUCCAACAGGUGGCACCACGUACGCCGUACAGACUGAUGCAACGACAGCAGGAUCGACAUCUGCGAGGGGAACACCAACUGACGACUCUGCGACCAAAUACGGGACGACCUUGCUAGUGGAUGCUACAACAGCCAAGUUGACAACUCCUGCAACCAGUCUUACUACAAAAGCCACUUCCAGGCCUCCUGUCUCUGCUGACAAGACCCUCCGCAUGGAGAUCAUAGUUGAUGCAGCUCAGGAUGUUAACGACAAGACCUUUGUUGCCAAAAUGGAAACUGAUUUGGAGAAGCUUUAUUUGGACGGCAAGCAGAAUCUUAACCGGAAGCGACGGUCUCCAAGGGAAGCAACCUCGAUGGUAGACCAGAGACAACUGCGGAAUGCAGAACACAUGCGAUCAGCAAGGUAUCGAAGGGCUACAGAUCCUGUGGACGUUGUGAUAACCUACAUUCAGAGGCAGACGGCAGAUCCUGCCAAUGUGGAUGUCGAGUUUUACCUGUCUGAGAAUGGCACGGUCAAGGAGCCCAUUGCUGCAAGUCAGGUGUACUCAUCGCUCAGUCUGGCAGCAAUGAGUGCUGAGAUGGGUGUUGAGGUAACAUCACGGCCCAAACCCUUGGUCCCCCCAGACCUCCCUACGCCCGCCCCUGACCACCCGUACCCUGUCCCCGGAGUGCAGACCGACGAUGUGCUGGAAGUGGUCCUGGUGGUGCCAGACACGGACUACAACCAGUCCGGCUUCAAGAUGGACAUCCGGAAUCGGCUGGAGGAGUUGUACCUGGAGGGCAGCGGAGCUACCCGUCGUCGGAGAGAAAGCCCCCAAGGGAGGAGAAGAAAUAUCAUCAUGAAAAGUGCUGCUCACCAAGGAGAGGUCUUGACAAUUAAUAAACCAGGUCCGGAGAAGUGGCGAUUUGUAAGGCGUCUGAGCACCCUGAAGACAUCUGCAGCAGGCCACAGCCGACAAAGGCGCCAGUCAACAGACCCGGGCAACGUCAUAGACAUUGUGGAAUACCGGGUCGUAAGGACCAACCAGGAAGUGACAUUCUCGUUCUACGUCAUCCGCAGGGACCAAGUCAUACCGGGCUCGGAAGCCCUGGCCGUUUUUGCAAAAUUCACGCUGCAGCGACUUUCGCUUACUCUAGGAUUUGAGGUACUAGAGCCUGGUGUGUUGCUCUUUUCGACGGGGCCAGAUUACACCCUCUGGAUUAUUUUGAUCUCUGUUCUGGGCGGAAUCCUCCUCAUCGCUUUGGCCAUCUUCAUCAUCUACUGGAUCCGCCUCUGCCAACGUAAGGCAGCGAAGACCAAAGUCAUAGAAAUGACCACCAUGGAGAAAGCCACCGGCAUGUCGACAGAGUUCGGCCGGCUACGGGUGGACAUAGCAAGAGGGGAGGUGGUCGUGGAGGAGACCUCGCUGGACAAACGGCUGCCAGUCAAGAAUCGGGCCAACGGUACCCUGCCUGACCGACAAAGGGAAAACGGAGCCGUCCAGAAGGAAUCCGCUGCGCAGAGGCAAGCACCAACCAAAAGACAAGAUGCCAAGAAAGAAGACGGACAGAGUGACGCCUCGGAUGGCUCCAUGUCCGAACAGGAGGAGCCCCUCUUCAGUCAUGUGCAAGCCCCACCUGCCGCAGGGGGUGGCAGGCCGCUGCCCAAGCCGCCCCCAGUCCGGUUCCGGAACUCCGUCUAUCCGGACGCCCACGCCCAACUGCCUCCGCUGAAGCCCCAUCCGCUGGUAGCCGAGUACGGCAGCGAUAGUGAAAGGGAGCGGGACCCGGCGGCCCUCAUCAUCCCGCAGACAUGGUACGGAGACCUCGAGAGGGGCACCCCGUACCAGCUGAGCUCUGACUAUGAGAGGAGGAAGCAAAGGCCACCGGAGAAGAGACGGUCAUUGAGGAAGGACAAGAAGCUGCAAGAGAAGCUGACCAGAGAGCUGCACGAGAGGCAAGACGGUGACAAAAAGAAGAAGAAAGACCUCGAACAAGUCGCUGACCACGGAGACGCUAAUCCCACGUCAAGGAGCAUCAAGAAGUCCCGGAGCGAUCGUUGGAAAUUGGACAACUUGCCGUCGACGGAUAUACCAAAUAAGAAGAAGAAAUCUAAGAAGAGAAAGGUCUCCAAGCACAAAGUUGACGUUGCACCUGUGGAAGACACCAUUGCCUCGUCUGGUGCUCAGCCUUUGCAGACAUCGGCCGGUACGACCUUUGACACCACAAGCGGCAACCUGGGUCGCACGGCACAGGACGUGAGAGCGGAGAUGGCCAUGUUGCUCGGUAGCCAGCCCCCAGUAGACAACCAGAAAUAUGGGUACCGUCCAACCGAUCCAACUCAGUACCAUAAGCUGACCCCAGAGGAGCUUCUGCUAGAGCAACAACAGCAGCAGCAGCGAGACCUGGAGAUCAAGACGCGCUGGGCGAUGGAGCGGAACCGCCUCUCCCGCAUGCUGGAUGAUGCCUUCAGUCUCAAGAUGUCGUCCCUCCAGUAUCCUGUCUCCCCGGGCCCGCCCAUCCCUGCCUACCAGCCGGGGGUGGAUGGACCGAACCAGGACGCAUACUCACAGCCCGAAGACUUGGGUUCACGGCCGACAACUUCCGGCUUUUCCUCGCAUGACUACUUAACUAGUACUGGCCUCCCGGCUACCGCUAACCCCUUUAGCGCACUGCCUGGUUCCACAGACCGGCUGUCUUUCAGGAAUCCCCCUCCUCUGAGGCAUGGUUAUGGGCAUUCAUUACCAACCCCCCAAGGACACGCCCCGGCCCCCCAAGCAUUCCCCUACAGCAGCCUGAGAGGGUCUUCAGAACUUCCGAGGUACACCGUUCAGCCGGUGUACCACACCAGCCCAUCCCUGUACGCACACCUGUCACCCAGGGGAAUCGACUCCAGGGGGCGCUACGGGCUCUACAGGGAGAGUCUGUCUGAUGGGCAGAGGCACAGCUCCAGAAGGCACAAGCACAGGGACGAGAAUACUAACCCCGUUGGAGGGGACAGGGCGGAAGCCAGGACCUCAUCAACACCUCGCGCCAGCCGGGAGGAGGAACUGAAGGUGCUGAGACAGCAGAAUGACGCCAUGCAGAAGCAGCUGGCGGAACAGAGGAGAGACUUGGAGCAAGUGCUGGCCGCAGUUGGCCAACCUCAGACUGAGAUAGUCUAGGACCCUGCUUCCUUCUUGUGGAGCUGGUCCAGGCUAGUCGUCUUUCCAUCACUAGAUGGAAUCAUUCUGUCCUCUGCGCCCAACCUUGCUUGGGUGCCCCUCCAAUCAAAUUUUGCAUAUGGAACAAUGGCCACUGCGUAGAGCAGCCAAUUAAAUCACAGAAGCCAUCUGGCUGCUAAGCAUUGAAGUUGGGAUAGCUCAUAACUGCCUGCUAAGUUAAAGCAGGUUACCAGCCACAGUGCUAUAAAAUGUGCAUUGCCUGCAAUAGGUUCUCGGUCAGUUUGUGCUAAGCAGACAAAUUUUCCAAACAACAAUUACUUCGUAGCAGCCCAAUGAAAGGUAGCCCAGGUCUUCAGUCUGCUUUGCGGUCUUGCAGCAAGUUGUCCAAAACAGGAUGAAAUUGCCACCAUAGCCCGGUUUGGGUGCCAGACUUCAUGACAUCUUUCAUAAUGUAGUGCAGCCAGGGAGUCUGCCUGGGCUAUUACUCAACGCUGAUUGGUUAAAAAAAUGCAUGGGUGUAAUACCGAAUCUGAAAGACUUUUUUUGUUUCAUUGUCUUGUACAUGCAUCAUGCACCGACAUCGUGUGUGUGCCUAACCACAUUUGAGACCUCAGGACUGCUAGGGAAGUACCAUCUUAAGGAACACUUUUGAUUUUCCGUCAACUUCAUCUCAUAAAUUACCACCUCGAUUGUGGCUUUCCCCCCACACCGUCCCCCACGUGUGAAAGGCUGACUCACUGCCUUUGCUAAAAGUGUAGAUUUCGUACUAUUUCAAAUAUUUGUUGAAUCUAAGAGUUUUAAUUGAUUUUUACCAGUUCCUACACAGUGCUGGACGUCCUAAAGACUUGCCAAAUGGUUGACAUUUAUACAGUGUAUUUAUUCUUUGUACAGCAGAGUGGUGUGCUUUUUCCUUGUUUGACAACUCCAUUACCUUACUUUUUAAAUAUAAAUUUAUAAAACUGAUUUUUAUCGAUUAUUCAAAAUGAAUCUUUAAUUGUUCGAAAAGAAUCUUGAAUUCUUGCCAGUUGUCUAAUUCCAUGAACCAGAUUUGAUGAAAGAUUUGCGUUUGUGCUGUGUGUUCUGGCCUUAAGAUAUGUAUAUGUUCAUAGAUAUAUAUUUAUUGGCCACGUUGGCUAGCAUUUAAAAACUGUGAUUUGAAUGCUGGACCGAAUGGCUUGAGGGCGGUAGACGAAAUUUAUGGACAAAAGAUAUAUAUCCGGGAACGUAUUUAUCGUACAAAUUUGCCCAUUUCUUUUUCAUUUCAUGUGCCGUGCGUUGUCUGUUUAUAUGUAGGAAAAGGCUACGUCCACAUUACUUGGCUACGGCUGGAAAUGAUACGUGAGCCUGUGGGAAAUGCAUGAAGCCUCUUGCCAGCGACUUCAAUAGAAUCAUGCGUUAUGUCUAGCCGCAGUCAAGUAAUUCGAACACAGUCUCACUCUGUUUAUGGGCAUUUAUACAUGUACAUGUAUUUAGUCACCGAUUUACUGUGUUUGAUGUUUUUCUUUGUAGUACACGUGUUUGAAAGGUAAUAAGGCUAGCGCAGUUCCUGUUUUGUGCUGAUUUUUGUUUUCACUUUUUGUGCGUCUGGAGAGCGUUUUUUUUUCUUCAACUAAAUUGACUAGUUGCUUUUGACUAGGUCGACUCCAUUUUAGAAAAUCUGUAUCAUCUACAAAGUCUGUGUGUUUGGGUCAUUUGUUCACAUUCACGAAAUGUCUCAAGCUUUUUUUACUUUGUGUCUCAUCGUAUAAGACAAAAAUUCCGGUACAUGUUUAUAUGUUAUCGAUUGCUGCCAUCUCUCUGUGCGCCUUUAAUUUGUUCUACGUGCGUUUGGAUUGACGCUGUCAUGUAUACCGUUUUUAUGGUAAAUUUUGCAUAAUAUUUAUUGUUUUGUUGGGUUUUCACUUUUGCAAGCUGUAUUUUUUGCUAAAUCAAAAAGUAAUUAUGAUGUGCAAGCUUUUUUGUCAUUUGCAUAUCUGUAUGCAUUUGCAGGUUUUUUUUUACGGCUGUAUAUUAUCGGCGGGGACUUUCUAAUUGCCUUCGCGGACAAAGCACACUAAAAAAAAACGUGUCAGUGGAAAAAAGGCCCUCUCGUAGGUUGACUGAAGCUUCACUGCACGUAGGCCUAUUUUUUGCAGUGACAAAGUUUAAUUUGAUUGAACAGUCACGGUUCGCCUUUUGUAUACAUUCCGUAGAGUACCUGAGAUCAUUGCAAUUCCUUCCUCCUCGAGUAUUUUUCUACCCUUUGCACCGCCUAGAAUCACCCUGUCCGCUUCCGCCAUUGCAGGCACUCUUGGUUUUAAAAGGGGCCUGCGUGUACUCGUACGCGGAAUGCAGUCUUGCGUAAGUGCUCAGCAUAGUAACGAUGCGAGAGAGCAUUCAUGUGCCAGUGCAGCCUCGCUGUCGUUCCUGUCGGGCGAUUCCGUGUACGCAGGGGAGGGGGGGCACUGCGGACGGAUCAAAAGCAGUUAACCGCAGGGUGCACCCGAUCCGACUACCCACCGCCAUACUUUUAAGUGAGGCCUGGGCCGUUUCACAAUACUCAACUUCGUCUCCGUCUCAGACUUCGUGUAGGAAACCAAUCCCCGAUUGUGGGCCUGAAGCGUUUAACUG